AAAAAUGUUUAAUGUCGAAAUAUAUAUGAAAUUAUCAUAAAAUUCGUGUAGUAUUAGUGUAAUUAGUUAUGUGUUAUGUUAAUUAGUGUCACAAAUGUUUCUCUAGUGAAGAAGAAGCAGUCGGCAUGGUGCACCGCAGCGGGUCGGCUUGCUUCAGCCAAACGACAACGGCGUCCGUCGACGGAAGGUCAGACUCUGCGGACGCCAGCGUCAUCAGGGAGCCCGAUCCGGACUGUCUGCCCUUGCUCGAUGCCGGACGGCUGCCCAACGACGACGAUCCGGCAUCGCUCGGAGCCGUCAUCGACUACGCCACUGUGAUAGAGGACGACGACAGCAGGAAAAAUGAUCAGAGUGGUAAAAGUGGUAAAAGUGGUAAAAGUGGUAAAAGUGGUAAUAGUCCGAGUUUGGUUAAAGAUGCCUUGCAGGGUCUGGAAGCCUCUUUACCGCCGGUAGUGGGUGGUAGUGUUGCAGAUCAUGGGACCACCGAGGAUCAGCUGGAGGACGCCAAAUGCAUGGAAGCUAUACCACCUGAUAAGGGAUUAGCGAACUUUGGUUUAGGCAAUCAGCAGGAUGUGAAGCAUGAUGAGGCUCUGGUGGAGACAUCUACUGAGGAUUGUAGUAAAAUAAGUUUAGUCAAAUUAUCCAAAACGGUUGCUAAUAAGACAAAGAAAAAAUCAACAGCAAAAGGUAAAUCACUAAUCAAAAGUUCGAAUGGUUCGAGAAAAAAUAAGCCAAAUGUUAAGAAGCAACAAAACGCCAAGAAUGAAGAGUUGGUUUCACCUAGUAUACUUUCAAAUACACCUGUUGACUUUUCUGAAAUUGUUAGUUUACCAGUCGAUAAAAAGAACGUUAAGAAACCUAAGAAAGCGACAGUCGUGAAAAAAUUUGUAAAACAUACUGCACCCGGGAGUAAACUGAAACCAAAACUAGUACGCAAGAAAACACAUGCAAAGUCUAAAAAGAAACCAGAAUCCCAGUCCCCAGUUGUCGACGACAAAGACGAUCUUCCUAUCGAUGAUCAACCUUUAUCCAAGGUUAAAGAACUGAUAGCCACUAAAGAUCUUUCUGAAGAUUCAAAUGCUCAGUUAGAAAAGACUAUUGGUGUAAGUGAAACGAAGCCGUCUGUCGACAUUGAAGUAAAACUUGCUGCAAAAGUGAUAUUUCCACGCUUAAUUCUUCUUGUGCCUUGA